UAUUUUGUUGAGGGACCCGGUCGAGCCUGGUGCUCCCUGAUCGUCCUCGUGCGGAAUGAAAAUUAACCAGUUUAAAUAUAAAACAAUUUAAAAAGGGAUCAGACGCAGAAAACAUGGCGCCACUGAGCUGCAGCGUCCGAGUGCUGUGUCGGGGCGCGGGGGCGUUCAGGAGAAUGAGCACAGCUGCCCAGUCACAGUCGGAGGUAGAUUUCCUAAAAGGAGAGCUGCACAGGAAGCACCCAGGUGUGACCAACCUGAAAACCCUGAGUCUCCCUGAGGAACUCCAGAUGGCUGCAAAGUCGAUUAUUCAGAGAGCACCGGUGAAUCGUCUGUCCGAGCGCACUCACAGUUUCGCUAACUUCCUGUGGAGCAGGAAACGAGCCGUGGAGGACGUGACCCUGAGACGCACAGCGGUGAGCCUGGAGAGAGAGCUCUGGAAGAAAGCAAUGGAGAAGGGAGGAGAUAUAGACGAGGACGCACUGGGAGACCGCAUCAGGAGAAAAGUGUUCUCCGAGCUCAAGAGAACCACAUAUCACUGGACUGCCUUAAAGUAUGAUGAAGAGUUGUGUGUUGUGUACAUGGCGGCCCGGCUGGCCGGCGGCUACGCUGCGGUGCGGAGAGCUCUGAACGAGAUCAAGAAGAGGGAUCCCUCCUUUGCUCCUCAGUCUCUUCUGGAUUUUGGUUCAGGGCUGGGAACAGUCGUCUGGGCGUCCCACUCGCACUGGGCCGCCUCUUUGAAGGAGAUGGUGUGUGUGGACAGCUCUGGGCCGAUGAACAUUCUGGCAGAACGACUUCUCAAAGGAGACGAUGACCAGGCUCCAGCUCACAUCCAGCAGGUUUAUUUCAGACAGUUCCUCCCGGUCUCUCCUAAGGUGCAGUUUGAUUUGACGGUCGCAGCUUUUACUCUGUCGGAGAUUCCUGGUGUGAAGGAGCGAGAAGAGGCCGUGUUCACCCUGUGGAGGAAGACCAGCUCGUACCUGGUGCUGGUGGAAAAUGGCACCAAAGAGGGACACCAGAUUCUUAUGGAAGCCAGAGACGCGUUAUUAAAGAAACAAGACAAGACGGUCCAUGACUCCAGACCAGCGUCCGUGUUCGCUCCCUGUCCACACGAGCUGACGUGUCCUAAACUGUCUCGAGGGCACGUUGUCCCCUGCAACUUCCAGCAGAUGUACCAACCCCUGCCUCUGCCCGGGCACAAUGAGCGUCAGACAGAGAAGUUCAGUUACCUGAUUCUGACUCGCGGGGGCCCCCUGGAGGCGGAGACGGAAGGUGUGAACUGGGCCCGGCUGGUCGCACCGGUGCUGCGGCGGACGAGACACGUGCACUGUCGGACGUGUGCGCCCGACGGAAAACUGCAGCACAUGGUGGUGACGGCUCGAAAACACAGCAGAGACGUGUAUCGUUGUGCUCGGAACAGCGACUGGGGAGAUCAACUGCCGGUCAUCGAGAAAGACGAGGAAGACGUCCAGAGUGAUUCAGAGUCAUGAGUCAGCCGGGACUUUCUUUUUAGAUAAUGGAAACCACGCUCAGACUGAGAUGAAACUGUCGUCCAGAGGCUCAUCAGCCUUUAUACAAACUAUCUGCAUUUCGAUGGGGACAACGGACUCACUGAAUAUCUACUGUGUCGUUAUCAAGAUGGCAUCAAUAAAAAGUCAUAGCUCUGUACUCUA